AUGGUUCAUAAUCCGACUGAUGAUAUUGAUUUAAAAGUGUCUACACUUGAUCCAGAUAUACAAAUUGGAGAAGUGUAUAAAGUUUUACGAUCUUCUGGUCAAUACUAUCCUGCCGCUGUUAUUGAAGGGCGUAUAGAUGGUAAUGGGAAUAAGGAAUAUUAUGUUCAUUAUUGCAAUCACGACCGUAGAUUAGAUGAAUGGGUUACAUCUGAACGAAUUGACUGUUCUGCAAAGCUUAAAAUCCCGUGCGAGUCGUCUCUUAACCAGUUAACAGAUUCUACUGGGCGUGAUGUCCGAUUCACCAGAAAUCAGAAACGCAAGUUAGAAGAAACUUCCAAAGUUCUUCAAGAAAGUGACUCUUUAGAUUCUAGUACGCAAAAGUUGGAGCUUGAAUAUCAAGAAUUUACUCGAGUGAAAUUUAUUGAUCAGAUACAGUUUGGCAAGUACGAAAUUGACACAUGGUAUUUUUCACCUUAUCCCGAAGAAUUUAGACAAGUGAAAAAGUUAUGGAUAUGUGAAUAUUGUUUAAAAUAUAUGAAGUAUUCAGAGACAUGGUUAAACCAUAUAAAAUAUGAUUGUAAAGCAAAACGACCUCCUGGUAAAGAAAUAUACAAUCAUGGAAAUCUAUGCGUUUUUGAAUUAGAUGGCAACGUACAAAAGCUUUACUGUCAAAAUCUAUGUCUGUUGGCCAAAUUGUUUUUAGAUCAUAAAACACUUUAUUAUAAUGUCUCACCAUUUAUAUUCUAUGUUCUAUGUGAGAUAGACAAUGAUGGAGUACAUCUUGUUGGUUAUUUUUCCAAGGAAAAAGUAUCUGCUGAUAAUUAUAAUCUUGCAUGUAUCCUAACUUUACCACCAUUUCAACGUCGUGGAUAUGGUCAUUUCUUAAUUAGUCUCAGUUAUGAAUUAGCUAAAAUUGAACAGAUUGUUGGUACACCAGAGAAACCUCUCUCCGAUUUAGGUCGUUUAAGUUAUCGUAGUUAUUGGGAAAAGGUGAUAUUAAAUUUUCUAUUAGAAAAUCCUAAUUGUACAAUGAAUGAAUUAAGUACAAAAACAUGUAUUGCCAUUGAUGAUAUUAUUUGGACAUUACAAUAUCAUCCAAUUAUUAAUAAUUGGCAACAUGGUCAUCAGAUAUGCCUACAUCGUGAUACUAUACAACAAUAUUUAAAUCAACUAAAUGAUGAACAUUCUAUGAAAGCCUUUCCUGCAGAUGGUAAAGAACAACGAAAAAAUCGGAAAUUGAUGCAUAAAAACUCUUUUGUAUUGGAUAUCAAUCGAUUAAAAUGGGAUCCACCAAUUAAAUCAUCACAGAAUAACAAAGAAGUCAAAUGUAGUUAAUGCUGUUACUUAUUUUUUUGUGUGUACAAAUCCAGUGACUACUGUUAUUAUCAUCAUCAGUAGUAAUGAGAUUCUCUUUAAAGUUUUAUUUUGUUUUAUAAUCAACUAUUUUCUUUUGAUUUAUUUAAUCAGUGCAUGAAAUUGAUCUCUCUCAACAUUUCGAUGUAAAUACAAGUUUUUUUUUAAAGAAAUUAAAA